CUCUCUCUCUCUCUCUCUCUCUCUCUCUCUCUCUCUCUCUCUCUCUCUCCCCCCUCCUUGUAGCGUGUAGUUUUUGAUUUGGAUAGUACCCGACCCAGUUAUCACAAACUCGAUCGUUCCCGACAUCAUCAAUCACCAUGGGUUUCAAUGGUUUUGGCAUUUUGGUUGGUUUCUCAUUCCUGAUUUAUGCUGUUAAUCAAGUGAAGAGUAGUUAUAUCACUUGGGACGAUAUCAAGAUAGAGGAAUACUAUCACUACAAGGAAAUAGAGAGCUUAAGUUUCGGGGAUGGGAAUGGGAGUAAAGUGAUCAUCGUUGAUCAAAAGGGUAAGGGUCAUGCCCAUACUGUACAAGCUGCUGUUGAUAUGGUCCCAUUCAACAAUUCCAUCAGGGUCAAGAUCUACAUUCUUCCUGGUUUUUACAGAGAUGCAUGCUGCAGAGAAAAAGUGAUUGUUCCACCUUCCAAGCCAUAUAUCUCUUUCAUCGGAGAUGAAAAGAAGGCUUCAGAAACCAUAUUGAGUUGGAACGACAAAGCCUCAGACAAAUACAAAGAUGGUUCUGAACUCGGUACGUAUAGAACCGCUUCUGUUGAUGUACAAUCUGAUUACUUUUGUGCUUCAGGCAUCACCAUUCAGAAUACGGUUGUUGCAGUAGCUGGAGGGUAUAAGCAGCAAGCAGUGGCAUUAAGACUUGCAGGGGACAAGGCGAUGCUUUAUCGAGUAAGGAUAUUGGGGACCCAAGACACUCUUUUAGACUCCAACGGAUCUCACUACUUUUACCAAUGUUACAUACAAGGAUCCAUCGAUUUCAUCUUUGGCGAAUCUAGAUCGCUCUAUAGGGAAUGUAAUCUACAUUCUGUUGCUGAUAAAUAUGGAGCCAUUGCAGCUCAUCAUAGGAACUCCGAAGAAGAGGACACUGGAUUUUCUUUUCUGAAUUGUUCAAUAACCGGAAGCAGAGGAGGGAAAAUCUACUUGGGGAGAGCCUGGGGAAAUUAUUCAAGGGCAGUCUACUCCUACUGUGAUAUCGACAACAUCAUAGACCCUUCUGGCUGGAGCGACUGGAACCACCCAUGGAGACAAAGGACGGUUGUGUUUGGAGAAUACGAGUGCAGAGGAAAAGGUGCAAAUAGAAAGAAUCGGGUAUCAUGGUCCAAGUCAUUGGCACAUGUAGAAGCAAUGCCGUUUCUUGAUACAAACUUCAUUGGUGGACAUGAGUGGUUGAGACUCUAAUCUAUCUAUACAAGGACAAGACUAGAAGAGAAUCAGAGCUCAAUGAAAGGAGACGCAUAUCUAAUUCGCAUGAGUCAUGAGAUGAAGAACCAGGAAGGGAUACAUUACACUGAAGAAUUAAUGAAUGAGUGUGCCAUGAUUUACAUUGGUGGAUGACGAGAGACCCGAGCUUAAGCAUAAGAGAGUACAACAGUCAACAGUCAACUGCAACAACCCAAAAGAUAAAAUAUGAAACAUCAAAAUGAAAUUAGCAUCAAGAGAUGGAUGCUUGUUCUCUUUACAUGUUCUGAACAAAACAAGUUAAACAUCAUAUUCUUCG